AUGGCAUUACAUUCCCAAUCGUUUCAUCCAUCGUCGUCACCUUCUUCACCUAUUCACGGUGAGAGUGGUAGUGGCGGCGGCGACAAAUCCAUUGAAUCGCUCAAUCAACUGAUGGAUCCCGUGUCGUUCUUGACAGAAUCGGAUAUGCAACAGGACCUGGAUUUCUUUGCAAACGCCCAAUUUUCCUAUGACAUUCCACCUACAGCAGCUCUCUAUACUCAUGAAAAAUGGCCGACAUCAUCAGCAGUGACGACGCCAUCGUGUGAGGAUGACCAUCGACCGUUCUUUGAUGACCAUCAAGCAUCACCAGAGGAGCAGUUCAUGUUUGAACAAUUGGAUGAUGCACUUGAACCUUCGACCAGCACAUCAAGUAGCACGACCCACAAUCGCCCUCAGAAGCUUUCCAAAGACGAAAAGCGUAAACGCAACACAGCUGCAAGUGCACGAUUCAGGGUCAAGAAAAAGAUGCGCGAGCAAGCGCUACAGAGGACAGCAUUAGAGAUGACCGAGAAAUCGAAUCGUCUCGAAGCUCACAUCAAAGAUUUGGAACGUGAAAUCAAGUGGCUCAAGGCUUUAGUCAUGGAGAAGAAUGAAGGACGUAUAGCAGAGUUGAUGCAGGAGCGUCCACCGGUGAUGUGUCCCCAUCAUCAACAUCACCAGUGA